AUGGCCUCUGACGCGUUGUUGGAGGAGUUUGAAGUGCUCGAAUCGAUCUACCCUACGGAACUUUCGAAACUAUCGGAAAGGGACAUACAGAUGGACGUUGAACCGGAAGAUCCACAAGAAGGAGAUGUCCGCUUGUUACUUUCCCUGAAAGUGCACUACCCAGACACCUAUCCCGAUGUUCUUCCAGACCUUGCCCUGGAUCCUGUAGAAGGAGAUCUGGAUGAAGUGGAUAUUGAAGGUCUACUUAAUGAUCUACGGACAAUCGGAGAAGAAAAUAUAGGAAUGGCGAUGACGUUUACAUUAGUUUCCCAUCUACGGGAAAGGCUAUCCGACGUCGUUCGCGAAAAGGCUGAGCGCCAAAGAAAGGAGGAGGCGGAGAAAGAGAGACAAGCUCUCGAGGCGGAAGAGGCCCGGACGCGGGGUACACCAGUGACACGUGAAUCUUUCCUUGCGUGGAAGAAGAAAUUUGAUCAAGAACUAGCGGCGAAAAAAGCGAAGGAAGAGGAGGAAAGAUUGAAGGCUAUGACGCCGAAGGAACGCGAGGAGUACAAAAGGUUUCAGACAAGGCCGACGGGCCGACAACUCUUCGAGCGUGACAAGACUUUGGCUACCACAGAUGAUUCCUUAGCAGAGGAAGGCACUGUAUCCGUCGACUUCAGUCAGUACGAGAGAAGAAGAGGUCAAGAAGAGGAGGAAGAGGAGGAGCAUGUCGACUUUAGCGAUAGCGACUGA